ACAAUGCCACAGGUGCGCUGCUGAUUGUUGGGGUAACAGGACUUGCGGGGCUGUACGGCUGCUUGGUGAUAGACAAUCCACGUCAUUGCUUGGUGCGUACUUGUAUUGCUUUCCAAAUAUAUCUGAUUUGUUUGGGACCGAUGCCGCUGUGAGGGGGAAAUAUGUAUCCGACGCUCAAUUUGACGUGUGGGGACUCCAACCUGUCAAGUCCGGAGGCUCAGAGGCUGCUGGAGCUGUGUCACCGGCCCGUCAAGGUGGCCAUCAUAUCCGCCCUGGGCGUCAUGAUCACUGUGGGAAACAUCGCCGUCCUCCUGGUUAUCGCCUCCUCUGUGGCCGGCUGGUCAAGAAACUCUAGGUAUUUUCUGUUGUCCCUCACUGCGGCAGACUCUGCGUUUGGACUGCUGGUCAUGCCCUUGAACCUCUGGGUGAGUUUGAUGAAGGACUACAAUGAGGGUCCGGACGCUCUGUGCCACAUCGUGGCCUUUUGCAACGCCACAGUCUACUCCACCUGCAUGUACACACUGGCCACCAUCAGCCUGGAGAGGUUUCUCGCAGUGUUUUACCCGCUCAGAUACUCCUCUCUGAUGACCAGGAGGAGGACACUGCUCUUGAUUGCAUUCUCCUGGUGCUUUCCUCCCUUCUUACUGUUGCCCAUAUCAUUUCCAGAUGGCAUUAUCGAGGUUCACUUUUCCACAGCAUCGCUGGUCUGCAACCCGGCCUACGCCACAAACGCCGGCUACUCUCUAACCCUGACUUGUUUGAUAUUCUUCCCCUGCUCCAUCCUCAUGACAUAUGCUAAUAUGAGACUGUGGGUCGCCGCCAAGAGACAGAGGCUGAAACUGCGCAAGUAUGACGGUGGUCGUCGCAGCAGACCUGACGUGGCAUCCCGGGUGCUGGUGCCGGUGAUGACAGCCUACUACACCUGCUGGACCCCCUGCAUGGCAGCCAUGAUCUACAACGCAAUCUCAGGUAGCAGUGUACCAGAGUGGGUGGAGUUUGUGGUGGUAUGGCUUCCAACCUCAAACGGUUUCCUCAACUGCAUCUUCUACUUCUGGAUUAACCGCAGCUUCCGCAGGAAAUUCCGCCUCAUCUUCCAGAGGCUGUGUCUGGCUCUCUGCCCCGGCUUGGCCCGCACCCUCGGAUGCUGCACCAAUCCACAGGCGCUGUUUGUGCUGGGAAUCUUGGAUAACAACAACAGUCUCCAGGAGCGCUCUUCCAGUGUUUCCUCCACCUGUACCCUGUACACCCUGGCCGGGGACCUCCACAUCUGAGCAUCACCGUUGGCAUGGUGAAGGACUUUUGAAUCAUCUCCCAUAUCUCUGGCAGGGCUGAUCAAGCCACCGGCCUCCCUGGCGUAGUACAGAAGACAUCGAGCGUAACGAACAGAUGAACAGGUCACAUAGUUGCAGUGCAGACUGGUCAGUGCUGAGACAUGGCAGAGCUGUCAGGCUGUGAUUGAUGGCAAGUCUUUGAAAUAACCACUGUUCACUCUCCAUCAUCUUAAUCUGACCUAUUUUGAUUUUUUCUUUUUUUUUUUUAUUUUGUACAAUUUUCAGUUUCAGUAACAGUGUUCUGUUGAAUAGAAUACAUGUACAAUUUAUAACUUAUAUGGAUUUUUUUUCUUUUUUUUAGUUUUACCAUGCAAACAGUAUUGCCAGUGUUGUUUACCCAUGCACUCUGAAAGGAAGCCUCUUAAUCCAUGUUUUAGUUAUUUUAUAUUUAACUGACCAUACAUAGCAGCAUAACCUGGCUUCCCCUACUUAAUAUGUAGCUACCUAAUCAAUAUUUUAUGGUGUGUGUUGAAUAUUUAGAUUGAUUACCUCAGUCAACAUAAUUCACUUCAAACAUUUGAUAUUAGUCUGUGAAUUCAUCAUAAGAAAUUGAUAUUUAGACUUCUGUUCACCUGAGACAUUUAGUAAACUAAUGUCACUGGCUGAUGUUACAAGCACUUUGAAAGACAGAGGCCAUCUAGCCCUUUUUCAAUUUAAACUGCAAUUCAAAGACCUUGACAUAUAACAGCUGGGUGAAGUUAACCUUUAAGUCAUAGCAUUUCAGUGUAUGUGAGGAGGAAAGUAAUUAAGCAGCUACACUGUAGAAAGGUCACCCAAUUUGUGGCUGUGAGAGAUAACUCCUCCAUGUUUUGGUAACUUCUGAGAGUGUGGUUGUUUAUUUUGAAAUAUUACACCUAUAAUCUACCUCUCUACAGUAGGACAUCAAUUUGGCAACGUUCAUCUCGUCACUGGCCAGCUAGAGUUUGCUGUCAUGGAGAAGCUUGAUUUACAUCUGAGGCUGAUGACCAGGAUCUUUCUGUAACACUGGACAUGAAAUGCUCAUUCUGCAGAAGGUACUGAACAAGGUACAGAAACUGAAAAUGAAACCAAGAGUUUUAUUCAGCUUAUUUUAGUCCUCAGGAUGCUGUUUGCCUGUACCAUCAUUAAAGUUUGAGCACUGGAAAUGUGACCGUCUGCAUAAAAUGAUAGCAGUUAUAAAAAUGUGUUGAGCACAUGAGAAUAUGCCAUUUUUAGAAAAAGAAUGACUUUUGUAAAUGACUGAUUUGUACAUAAAUAACAAUUUAUUGUGUUUAUAAAAUACUAAUUUGCAAAGAUAUUUUGAUAGUGGAUUGAUUUUUGAAUGUUCUGUGAAAUAAAGCUUUACGCCUUC